CUGCAGGUACUUCUGAUUUAUUCUGUUUGUACCGCAGACUUUGUUUCUUUUAGUUUCUUGUAUUUAUUUGUUUUGCUCAGACUUCCUUACGUUUUCUUUGAUUGCUUGUUUCUGUUCAGAACUCAGUGUUUCUUCUCCCUGCUAAUUCAAGAAACUAUGGGAGAGGCUUAUCUUGUGGCUUUCCUUCAAGUGCUGGUCGACAAGUUGGCGCGUCGUGAGGUGUUCAAGUACUUCGGACUCAUAAAGGGCGUCGACCAAAAGCUGCAGAAAUGGACUGCCACCUUGUCUGCGAUUGGAGCGGUUCUGAAUGAGGCGGAGGAGAGGCAACUAAUCACCGAGAGCAAGCCGCUGAAGCUUUGGCUGGAUGAUCUCAGGGACUUAGCUUAUGACGUGGAAGACGUAUUGGACAAAUAUGCUACUAAAAUGCUCAAACGGGAGAUAGAGCAUUAUACCGCAAGAAGGGUCUGGAACUCAGUUCCUAAUGGUGUUUUCAACUGCAAAAUGAACUCAGAAAUAAAGAAGAUUACUGAGCGUUUACAAGAGAUAUCUCAGCAAAAGGACCAGCUCAUUAGUUUGAAUAUCAUUACUGGGACGACGUCGUCCACUACGGCACGUCAAAAUUUACCUCCCAGUUCCAGUCAACCAGAUGGACCUGUGAUUGGAAGGGACGAAGACAAAAGGCGGGUGGUUGAAUUUGUGUCGAAACAAGAGCGCGGUGCCGUCAAUUUCGAUGUAGUUGCCAUUGUUGGUAUGGCUGGAGUCGGAAAGACAACACUUGCUGCACAAGUGUUCAAUGAAAUUGUUGCAACCGAUCAAUUUAAACCAACUGCUUGGGUAUGCGUGUCUGAUGACUUCAACCUAGAAAGAGUGACAAAGCAAAUUCUCGAAUCAGUCACAUCCCGGCACUAUCCUACAGAAGAUUUCAAUCAGGUUCAACAGUAUCUGCAUACGGAAUUAGCUGGAAAGAAGUUUUUGAUUGUUUUAGAUGAUGUUUGGGGCACAUGUAGCUAUGGUCUAUGGAUGAAACUGCAGUCCCCCUUUCGCGAUGGAGCAGCAGGAAGCAAGAUAAUUGUGACAACGCGAGAUGCAGAAGUUUCGAAAAUGAUGGGAGCUGGCACUCUAGUUCAUAAUUUGGAGCUUAUGAAAAAUGACGUUUGUUUUGAAGUAUUUGAGCAGCAUGCAUUCAGGAAUGUUAACAGAGAUAUACCACCAAAUUUCGAGUCACUCAAGGAGAAAAUUGUUGCAAGAUGCAGUGGAUUGCCUUUGGCUGCUAGGACUCUUGGCGGCCUUUUACUUCGUAAAGAGAUGAAUGAAUGGGAGGAAAUAUUGAACAACAAAUUAUGGAGUCUAUCAAAUGAGUGUGACAUACUUCCGGUAUUAAGAUUAAGCUAUCACUAUCUUCCUUCACAUUUGAAAAGAUGCUUUGCCUAUUGUUCGAUACUUCCAAAUGACUAUCAAUUUAGUGAGCAGCAAUUGAUCCUUCUGUGGAUGGCAGAGGGUUUGAUUCAACCACAACCAGAACAUAAUAAGCAAAUGGAAGAUUUAGGAACUGACUAUUUUCAGGAGCUCUUAUCGAGGUCAUUAUUUCAGAAAUCAAGCAAAAACAAUUCAAAAUAUGUAAUGCAUGACCUCAUUGUUGGUUUGGCACAGUGGGCAGCAGGAGAUAUUUGUUUUAGAUGGGAGGAUAAGCAGAAUAGCGAUCAUGUACAACUUGGAUGUUUUCCAAAGGCCCGCCAUGCGUCCUACAUUUGUGGUGACUAUGACUAUGAUGUGGUUAAAAGAUUUGAGGCAUUUUCUGAAGUGAAACAUUUGCGGACCUUCCUGCCUCUUUCUCAUGGUUAUCCUUGCCAUUGUCUAAGUCGUACGGAUCCUUUUGUUUUGUUGCCAAAAUUGCAAUACUUGCGGGUGCUUUCUCUCAAUGGCGAUAAUGUAACAACCCUCUAUCUCAUCAAUAUUGGUAAAUUGAAGUAUCUGCGGCACUACCAUGUUGAUCAUACUCCUCUCAAGUACAAGAGCAUUGCAGAAAUUUAUGAAAAAUGCAACAUGUGCAUUAUAGAACCAGAAAGUUUUGAAGAGGCAGCAAAGGAUGACUCUUGGAAGAAAGCAAUGGAAGCUGAAAUCACCAUGAUUGAGAAGAACAAUACAUGGGAGCUUGUGAAUAGACCAUUUGAUAAACCAAUCAUUGGAGUCAAAUGGAUCUAUAAGACUAAACUGAACCUAGAUGGAUCUGUGCAGAAGAAUAAGGCUCGGCUGGUGGCAAAGGGAUAUUCUCAAAAGCCUGGAAUUGACUUCAAUGAGACCUUUGCACCAGUGGCUCGACUUGAUACUGUGAGAACCUUGGUGGCUGUGGCUGCACAGAAAAACUGGAAUCUGUCAACUGGAUGUAAAGUCCGCAUUUCUUAA